GCCGGAGCCGCGGCAGGAGAUUCUCCCCCAGCCUUUGAGAUGAUGGGACUGGGAAACGGGCGCCGGAGCAUGAAGUCGCCGCCCCUCGUGCUGGCCGCCCUGGUGGCCUGCAUCAUUGUCCUGGGCUUCAACUACUGGAUCGCCAGCUCCCGGAGCGUGGAUCUCCAGACCCGGAUCCUGGAGCUGGAGGGCAGGGUCCGCAGGGCGGCGGCGGAGAGAGGCGCGGUGGAGCUGAAGAAGAACGAGUUCCAGGGAGAGCUGGAAAAGCAGCGGGAGCAGCUCGACCGCAUCCAGUCCAGCCACGACUCGCAGCUGGAGAGCGUCAACAAGAUCUACCAGGACGAAAAGGCCGUUUUGGUGAAUAAUAUCACCACAGGUGAGAGGCUCAUCAGAACCCUGCAAGACCAGUUGAAGGCCCUGCAGAAGAACUACGGCAGGCUGCAGCAGGAUGUGCUCCAGUUCCAGAGGAACCAGACCAACCUGGAGCGGAAGUUCUCCUACGACCUGAGCCAGUGCAUCAGUCAGAUGAAAGAGCUGAAGGAGCAGUGUGAGGAGCGAAUAGAAGAAGUCACUAAAAAGGGAAAUGAAGCUGUUGCUUCCAGAGACCUGAGUGAAAAGAAGGACCAAAGCCAGCAGCUCCGAGCCCCCAGUGAGCCUCAGCCCAGGCCACAGGAAGCGGACCUGCCCCAGGCAGAGGUGCCUCAAGUGAAAGGAAACAUGCCCAGCAAUGGUGAGCCCCAGACACCAGUCCCCAGUUCUGAGGCGGCUUUGGAUUUGAAGAGACAAGGUGGGAAAAAGGAAAUCAACGAGAUUCAGGUCGCCAGUGAGGAGCUUCCAAGGGACAGCCUGGGGCUGCCCCGGGAGCCAGGCCGAGAGCAGGCUGUGGAGGAAGGCCGACCAGUGGGUGGAAGAGGCAUUGGAGAAGCUGAAGCAGUUGGCCGAACGCCACAGGUGCCAGGAGUGAUGCCGGCGAGCCAAGAAAAUCAGGACAUGGAGGACCUGGAGCGGGACCAGCUUGUCAUCCCCGAUGGGCAGGAGGAAGAGCAGGAUGCUGAUGAGGAAGGGAGACACCAGCAAAAGCUAGGAGGAGAGGACUACAACAUGGAUGAAAAUGAGGCAGAAUCGGAAACAGAUAAGCAGGCAGCCCUCGCAGGGAACGACAGAAACCUGAACGUUCUUAAUGCUGGAAAUCAGAAAGGAGACGUAAAUUUACUUGAUCAGCGUGAAAAGAGGAAUCACACAGUCUGAAUCAACUGGAAUCAUAUACUUCAUGUCAGGAUUGAACAGAGAUCACUACAAAAUAUGAGGGGUUGAAUACUGUGAAAUGUACUAAAAUAUACAUCUAAAGAUGAUUAUUGUGGAGUUUUAAUAUGUACUUCAUGUAGGAAAAUGACUGUGUUGUAGAUGGUUUUUUCGAAGUAUUUUUACUAAGGUGUCAGAAUUUGUCAGCUAAUAGGUAUGAGAAGAUCAGCGCCAAAAACAGAACCCAAGUUCUCCAAGUAUGGUGACAGUGGCACUUAAAAAAUUCUGGAAUGUAACUUUGUUUAAAAAAAAAUCAAAGCCUGUAGAAGAGUCUGUCUUCUGACACCAAGAGACCCACCGCACCUGAGAAUUCUUCUCUGGUCCCUCUGGUGUCCCGCUUCACACGCUGUGCUGAGUGGCCGGUACCAGCCCAGUAUUUGUUCUCACAGGUCAGUGCCGAACGAUUCCUGGCUUAUACUCUCAUGCGCUCACUUCUGGUUCCGACAGUCAGUGGCCUGGAGUACAAAACUGUUAACACAAACAUCACUAGCGACAGUUUUAAACAAGUCUACAUACAAAGACAUUUUAUGUGAGAAUUUUUAAAAAAACUUCUAUAACCUUUGUCAUUAAUGUACAAAAAUGCUUCUCAGUGACUUGUAAUUUGAAUAUUUGUGAUCUCUUAGUUUGCUUAGUAUGUGUGGGCAAAGCAAAAUCUUCUCUAUUAAGUCCCUAUUACCAAGAGCCAUGAGUGGAUUAGACUUUUGACACAACAGGGGCCAAACCAGAGCUGACCCUGGGGCCUGUAGCAGAGCACGGGGCGGGGAGAGG